AUGUAUCAGCAAUUGCAGAAUUUACAGCAAGGAACUCGAACGGUGGAUGAAUAUACCAACGAGUUUUUCCAACUUAUAGUCCGGAAUGAGGUACACGAAACUGAAGAUCAAUUAGUGGCGACGUAUAUCGGAGGAUUGCGGGUGCAGAUUCAAGACACUGUCAAUAUGUUUGAUCCACCCAGUGUCUCGGUAGCACAUCAAAGGGCUCUACAAGUUGAAAAACAAUCCCGACGCAACAGUAAUUUCUGGAAUUCCCCCAGUAUAGGAAGCAGUAGUGGUGCGAGUUGUCCUGGUGGUAGUGGUGGUGACAGUAGUGGGGUGAAUCGCCCUAGAGGAGGAGCUAACAGAAAUACUACCAACACAAACCAGCCAAAUAGACCAACAGGUACUGGGAUGAAGUGUUUCGAAUGUGGCGGGGUUGGUCACGGGCAGUCUGAGUGCAGAAAGACCACUGGCAAAAAGACAUUCUUCGUUGACAUGGAGGGGGGCGAAGAUGAAGAUGUGGAGGAAGCCGAAUAUCCUGAGUUUGAUAGUGAGGAGGUCGUCGAAGAAGAAGUCAUGAUUGGAGACACAGGAACGGCAUUGGUUAUUAAGCGUUCAUGCUUGACGCCUAAGGUUGUAGACGACAAUUGGUUGAGGCAUAAUAUUUUUCAGUCCAUGUGCACUAUUCUCGGUAAGGUGUGUCGUUUUAUUAUCGACGCUGGCAGCUGCGAGAAUAUUGUCUCUGCAGAGGUAGUGAAGAAAUUGGGCCUCAAGGCAGAAAAACAUCCUAAGCCUUAUAAACUGGCUUGGUUGAAAAAGAGAGGCGAGGUUCAUGUGUCAGAACGUGCAUUGGUUUCUUUUUCCAUUGGCCUGAAAUACAAAGAUGCCAUGUGGUGUGAUGUGGUGGCAAUGGAUGCAUGUCAUUUACUGUUGGGUAGGCCGUGGCAAUAUGACCGUCGAGUGAUUCAUGAGGGGAGAACUAACUCAUACAGUUUUAUGUUUGAAAAUGUGAAGAUUGUGUUAGUGCCUAGCAGAGAGUCGGAGAGACCAACCUCUAUGGGUGGAGAAACGAAGCUUUUGUCAUUGGCGAGGUUCGAAGAAGAUGUGGACGAAUCGCAGUUAAUUUAUGUGCUAAUCGGAAAAGAAGUGGUCGGUGAGGCGUCAAUUCCAACUGCAGUCGCACCUGUAGUGGCUGAGUAUGUGGAUGUCUUUCCUGAUGAGCUUCCCGAUAGUUUGCCACCCUUGCGGGAUAUUCAGCACCGAAUUGACUUGGAGCCAGGAGCGACACUGCCAAAUAGACCCCACUACAAGAUGAGACCUGGGGAACAUGAGGAGUUGCGGAGGCAGGUUGAGGAGUUGCUGGCCAGGGGACAUAUCCGUGAAAGCUUGAGUCCUUGUGCAGUUCCAGCCUUACUUACACCCAAGAAGGAUGGCUCGUGGCGCAUGUGUGUGGAUAGUCGAGCCAUUAAUAGAAUUACGGUGCGAUACAGAUUUCCAAUUUCUCGAUUGGAUGAUUUGCUUGAUCAAGUCAACGGUGCAACAGUGUUUACGAAGCUGGAUUUGAAGAGUGGAUACCAUCGGAUUCGCAUAAGGCACGGCGACGAGUGGAAAACAUUCCUGAGACAUUGGCUGAGAUUAGGUGUUUCAGUCUCCAACCAGUCACGUACAACAUAUACCUCGGAGGUAGUUAAAGUGAGAGAUCUGAUCGGGAGGGAAAUGAGACGGAUUGUAGAAGAACUCCUUGAGGCGAAUGGCGUAAGCGCCGUGGCCAUCGUCGAGGAGCUCGUGGAGGUGCUUGAAUGCGGUGAGUAA